AUGUCUAACACUUAUUUGACAAAAUUACCAGUAGAGACCUUAUCACUAAAUACAGUUCCCCUUGUACUCCUGAUUCUUGGAUUGGUCGAUUUCCCUUUGCUGCGUAUAUUUAAAAAAAUCUUCAGUUUUUUCUCAGGAGGUAAUUCUUGCAUCCAAUCUCAUGAGUCAAAUGAUUUGAAAGUUGAGGCUAAGCUGAAUGAAGAGCUUGAUAGCGUCUCCAAAAAUGAAUCUUUCUUGAAGGAGAAGGAAUUUGAUGAGAGCAUGUGCAGAGAAGAGAUGGAGUUGGUGUUGAGAAGCUUAGGGAUUUCUUGUAGUCCUGAUGAAGAAAAGCUUCCGGCGAGGGUCGAUUCGAGUUAUAUUUUUCAACUGUUCGAAGAGAAAAAUCCUGGUUUGGAUGAAGUGAAAGAAGCUUUUGAUGUGUUCGAUGGAAACAAAGAUGGAUUCAUUGAUGCAAGUGAGUUGCAAAUGGUUCUUUGUGCUCUUGGUUUUAAUGAAGGGUCAGAAAUGAAGAAUUGCAGGAAUAUGAUUAGGGUUUUUGAUGAAAAUGGAGAUGGGAGGAUAGAUUUUCAGGAAUUUGAAAAACUCAUGCAGAGUAGCUUGUGUUGA